AUGCGCCUCAUCAAUUGCUCCACACUCCAGCUGGAAGAGUUCUUUGGUGAUAAAACUCCACGCUAUGCCAUUCUGUCACACGCUUGGGGCCACGACGAGGUGUCCUUUGCGGAUCUCUCCUUUGGUCAGCCUACGACCCGAUCUGGCUAUAAAAAAAUCGAAUUUACCUGCCAGCAAGCGCUUAGUGACGGGCUCAACUACGCAUGGAUUGACACCUGCUGCAUUGACAAAAGUUCUAGUGCAGAGCUGUCCGAGGCGAUCAACUCUAUGUUCACCUGGUAUAAGGACUCAACUAUCUGUUACGCCUAUCUCGCCGACGUCUUGAAACCCAGCCUGGACGAAGAUUUCCCCAAGAGUAGAUGGUUUACACGAGGAUGGACACUGCAAGAGUUGUUGGCGCCACAUCAUGUCGUCUUUUAUGACGAAUGGUGGGACUAUUUGGGCACAAAAAUUGGUUACAAGGAAUGGAUAGCAGAGAUUACGCAGAUAGACACAGAUGCUUUAAUUGACAUGCGGAGUCCUUGGUCGUCCGGGACGGGACUGGACUCUUUCUGCGUAGCCAAAAAGAUGUCAUGGGCCUCAACGAGACAUACGACACGUGUAGAAGACAUCGCCUACUGCCUGCUUGGAAUAUUUAACAUAAAUAUGCCACUUUUGUAUGGGGAGGGCGAACGGGCCUUUCUUCGUCUCCAGGAGGAAAUCAUCCGGAAGACCGCCGAUGACUCUAUUCUCGCCUGGGGCCUGGACUCAGAUAUGGAUGAUCCUCUAGGACUCAUCCCAAAUUCUGUGAGCUAUUCUAGGUAG